GGGCAAGAGAGUGAGGAAUGCAGUGAAGUGAAAACCCAGCGAGGAAUGUUCGCUGUUCUGGCAUCCUCUGCUUCCAGAUUCUUCAGAGCAAUCCCUCGCAAGUCUCCUCCUCCUUUCUCCAUUUCAAACUUCAUUCCCCUCUCUGCUUCCCGCACCUCAGUCCGUUCCAUGGCUGAUUCUACAUCAUCUCCUUUCAAGAAAAUUCAGAUUCAGAGGGAUGACACUACAUUCGAUGCUUAUGUUGUUGGCAAAGAAAAUGCACCUGGAAUUGUUGUGCUCCAAGAAUGGUGGGGGGUGGACUUUGAAAUUAAGAACCAUGCUGUGAAGAUUUCUCAGCUUGGUCCUGGAUUCAAAGCUCUUAUUCCAGAUCUUUACAGAGGGAAAGUUGGUCUGGAUGUUGCAGAAGCACAGCAUUUGAUGGAUGGUCUUGACUGGCAAGGUGCUGUAAAGGAUAUUCGUGCUUCAGUGAACUGGCUUAAAGCCAAUGGUUCAACAAAGUCUGGUGUUACUGGAUUUUGCAUGGGUGGUGCUCUCUCUAUUGCAAGUUCUGUCUUGGUUCCAGAGGUUGAUGCUGUUGUAGCUUUCUAUGGAGUCCCUUCUUCAGAACUUGCAGACCCUGCCCAAGCCAAGGCUCCUGUUCAGGCUCACUUUGGUGAACUGGAUAAUUUUGUUGGCUUUUCAGAUGUCACGGCUGCUAAGGCCUUGGAGGAGAAACUGAAGGCAUCUGGAGUUCCGUAUGAGGUGCACUUGUAUCCUGGCAAUGCACAUGCAUUCAUGAACAGAUCUCCAGAAGGAAUCCAGAGGAGGAAGGGCAUGGGAAUGCCAGAUGAAGAUGAAGCCGCAGUUCAGCUGGCUUGGUCUCGCUUCCAGUCCUGGAUGACUCGUUAUUUAUCCAACUAAAUUAGCUGAAUAUGGCUGUCAUAUCCUUUACUUAAUCUCGAGUACUUUUCUUUUUUCCUGGAUGCUUGUUUGUUACGCUUGCCUUGUUUCUCAUGAAAGCGCCUCCGUCGAAUUCGGCUUAAGAGUGUAUCUAAACCGCACGCGGUUCAGAUGAUUAUGUUAAUAUACAUCUUUGGCUA